GUAAAAUCAAAUUGGGAAUGAUGGAGCUUCUACUAUUGGUACAGCACUUGUUAAAUGCAAAUUGCUAACUAAUCUCUAAUUUUACAUUUAUGCAAAUUAAAUUAGAGAUAAUGGAGCAUAAAAUAUUGGAUUAGGUUUGAGUAAGUGCACUCAACUUACAAAUUUAGACUUUAGAAUACAGUAAAAUCAAAUAGGAGAUGAUGGAGCUUCUACUAUUGGUACAGCACUUGGUAACUGCAAAUUGCUAACUAAUCUUAUAUUUUACAUUGGUGCAAAUUAAAUUGGAGAUAAUGGAGCAUAAAAUAUUGGAUUAGGUUUGAGUAAGUGUACUUAACUUAGAAAUUUAGAAUUAGCAUUAGG